AUGUCAAAUCGCGGCGCCAAAUCAGGUCGCGGUCGAGGACGAGGCGGCCGUCCUCUGCCCCGCGACGUGCAAGUCUCCAAAAAGAUAUCCUCGAUCCUUCGACACAACGCAGAAAAAGAAGGCCUAAAACUCGACAGUUCCGGCUACGUGAACCUCAACGAUUUGCUUCAAACCCGAAAUUUCAAAUCCCUGAAAGUCACCUUCGAAGAAGUGCAAGAAAUCGUCAAGGAAAACGAUAAACAGCGUUUCACUAUGAUUCCAGUCGCAGAGGAGAGUGUGCAAUCAGCAGAUCCUAGGGAUUGGUUGAUUCGAGCGAAUCAGGGACAUAGUCUGAAAAUCGAAAGUGAGGGGUUAUUGAAAGCUAUUUCUGUCGAGGAAGGAAAUGUUCCUGAGAUGGCGGUUCACGGGACGACGCAUUCUGCUUGGAUGCUGAUUGUUGCUUCGGGAGGUUUGAAACCCAUGGGGAGAAAUCAUGUGCAUUUCGCCUCUGGACUACCCGCGGGGUUUAAGUCUGUGGUGGAGCAGGACGUUAAUGCAGAUCAGCAGGCGCAAGCACCUGUGAUCUCGGGAAUGAGAAACUCUUCGACUGUGCUCAUGUUUCUGGAUGUUGAGAAGGCAAUGGAGGUGGCGAUGAAAUUGUGGUUGAGUGAUAAUGGGGUGAUAUUGAGUGAAGGAAACGAGAAUGGAUUGAUCCCGUUGGAGCUCUUCAGGAAGGUUGAGGAUAGAACUGGCGAGGGGAUUUUGCUUGAAGAUGGAAAGAUCGUGAAGGAGGCGCCGAAGGAGUGGGCUGGCAAGGGUGCGAAAUCAUGA